AGAGGCGGGUCUGGUUGUGCCUGGGAUCGGUUGAAUAUUUGAAAUACAAAAACAGCAGCGUUGUUAUUGUCCAGCAGUUACGAGCCUUUUUAAGCUUAGAGAAUGUACGAUACCUCCGAAAAUCUACAAAUUGAUACUUCACGAUAGUCUGUAAAUCAAACUGGGGAAUACUAAGCGCAGAUGGACCCUAACAAUGAAAUACUGGGGAAGCGGCAAGAUUAUUCAAAGAGCAGCAGCAGGACAUUUCAUUGGACGUCCCAGUCAGCUGACUGACUGCUUGAAUUUUUAAGCAUAAUCAGAAAGGGGAAGGAAAGCAUCAGUGAGACAAAGACAAUCCAGCCAUGUUCAGAACACUCAGCCGCCUGCUGUUUGGGGGAGAGGAGGAGACGCCGGAAGCUGUUGAUGUGGUGGAAGAAGGCUGGCUUGUUGUCAGCCAUCAAGAGGCAGGUACCACUGAGAAUCAGGACUUACCGCCCGACAGCCAGCAAGCAGACUCUGCCCCUCAUGGAGACACAGUUGCAAACAUAGAAACAAGUGUGUCAGAUCCAGAGGCCACGGUUCAAACCAGCCCCGCCUCCGCUUCCUUCUCCCAGCCUAAAGCGCUGACCGAAGCGAUGCAGUCAGCCUGCAUCCAGAAAGCCAAAGCAUUGGCCGACCGGCACCACGUGUCCCGCAACGCCAUUCAGCGACUGAACCGCGUCCGUCAGGGAGUCCAGCAUCCCUCCUUCCACCUCCAGCAGCCAGGACAUCGCAACCUCAGCCACUGAGGCACUCGAACACAACACGCGUCAGAGCAAAGCAUUGUUAGAACUGUCUUCACACGUGUCCAGUCAGCAAGAUUGAAGCUAUGCAUCUAAUUUUGAUGGAACCCUGUACAAAACUUGAACAGCUAAAAGGCAGCAACAUUACAACGUGUACUGUAUAAUCUUCUAUACUGUAUUUACCUCAUGAAAUGCGAAACGUGAAUAUUUUUUUUUAAAGUGCAAGCAUUUGAUCAGUGCAAACCUGUCCUCUCCAUUUUAGAAUGAAGUCAUUUGUGUGUCAAAAUGUUUUAACCUGUAUGGACUUGCUCAAGAAACAUUUUUAUAAAACAAUAAAAAAUAAUGACGUUGCAGCUGCUUUCAUACUAAAACGUCAAACUGACAUUGAA